AUGGGUCGUGGCUUUAAUUCUCGACUCUUGUAUCGAGUCGUUUUCUUUUCCUUCUGUCUGAUUUUCGCCUGUUUUUAUCAUGGUGGUGGUUCAGAGUAUGACAUGCGAGAUGAUAAAACAGAACCAAACAAAUUAAAAGAUGAAUUCGAAGGUAAACCCUUCAAUGUUGACGUUUCUCUCGAACAAGACGAACGCGUCUCUAACUUGGCAGAAAAUGAUAAACAAAUUGAUGGCCGCAAGGCGCGGAAGAAAACUGAUCUUUCAAAGAUGGUUAGAAAAGGUAAAAUUUGAAAAUGUGAGAAUGUUAGCACUUAUGAAGUAAUUAUUAACCCUAAUUUACUUUUAGGAACUGCGAUAAAACCCCCCCAAAGUAAAAGAAUACAAAAGAGCCCAGUACUGCCUUUUUCAACUCCAUCGCCGUCUGAGGUAAACGUUCCACGCGAAGAAUCGACUACCAUCUCCCACUCAAGUAAGACAGAAUGGCAAAAAGAUGGCAACAAAAAUAUAUCUUCAAUGGAAAAUCAAAUAUUUCACCAGAAUUACUUCAGAGAAACAGCCAAAAGAGAAACGUUCGCUUCAAACACAACUCGACAUCUCCGGAAUAGACGUGAAAUUGAUGCGAUCUUGGAAAGUCCGACCGAAUGCGCCAAUUUUACCUUUACUAUAAAGUAUGAAGAUAAUUACAGAGUAUGGAAUAACUUUUCAAUGAUGCACCGAAGCAGAAUGUACCGUUAUAACGAGUACAGAGUAACGGACGAUGGUCUACAAGUUUGUAAUUCUUCUGACACCCUUAUUAAACAAAGAUGGCGGGAUUUGAUUGCUCGGGAAAAGGAAGUGUUGGCUUUCAAAUAUUGUAAUGUAUCCGUGGACGCGUUUUACUACUCCAAGUACACAUUAUACAGAAAUUUUACUGUUUUCUUCAAACCUACUGAGCAGAGUUUCACAAGGCAAGAUUACGGAGUGACUUUUGGAUAUUUUGCAAUUUGUUCGGCAAAGCUUAGUCUGUUCUGCAAUGAUUAUUUGGUUAAAGUGAAAUACGGCGAUCAGUACAACGUUUUGCAAAACUUUUCGCUGUUUUAUAACAACAAUACGUACGAUUAUCGCGAAUAUCAAUUCGGAAGCGAAGCUCUUGAAAUAUGUGAUUCCAAUGAUUCAAGAACUCGGACCAUUUGGAGAACUCGAAAUUCAUGGGAAAAAAUUAAUCGGUAUAAAUGCCACGGAUCUGUUAAAAAAAUAUAUGCAAGGUACUACAGUGUGACUAAGCAGUUCACUGUUUAUCUCGCACCUAGCACUCAAUAUUUCAUAAGAAAUGACUAUGGGGUGCAAGACGGAAGACUUACUUUAUGCGAAGAAAAGUUGCGACCAACAUCAACAGUGUAUACCAAGGAAGAUCUGUUAAUGUGCAACGAUUCAAUAACCAAUAUAAAUACGAUCAUGAAUACAAAGUUCGGACUCACUUUUCAAUACUCUAUAAGGACAAGGUGCACGAUUAUACUGAGUAUCGAGUUCUGA